AAGCGGUUGGGGGGGGAGCUUGGACUCGCGCCUGCGCAGUGGGGAUGCGACGCUGAGUUUUCCAGACUGCGGUGGGGUUCACGGGGAGCACUGGAGGGGAGUCAGCUCCGCCACCUUUCUCAAAACCUCGUGAGCCCCCACGUGUCACCCAUUGGUCCUGUCGAGUCUGUAGCAGUGCUUCCCGAUGAACCUUUGAAGGUCUCACUGUUAGAGUUGCAGCUGAUGACCUGAGGUGAUGAGAAGGUUUUUGUUACUUUAUGCUACACAGCGAGGACAGGCAAAGGCCAUAGCAGAAGAAAUAAGUGAGCAGGCUGUGUCACACGGGUUUUCCGCAGAUCUUCACUGUAUCAGUGAGUCGGAAAAGUAUGAUCUGAAAACAGAAACUGGCCCUCUGGUGAUGGUUGUAUCUACCACGGGUACAGGAGACCCACCUGACACAGCCCGCAAGUUUGUUAAAAAAAUACACGACAAGACACUCCCCCCGGACUGUUUUGCUCACCUGCGGUAUGGAUUAUUGGGCUUGGGUGACUCGGAAUACACAUACUUCUGCAACGGAGGGAAAGUAAUUGAUAAACGACUUCAGGAGCUUGGAGCCCAGCGUUUCUACGACACCGGACAUGCCGAUGACUGUGUAGGUUUAGAGCUUGUGGUAGAGCCGUGGAUUGAUGGACUCUGGGCUGCUCUCACGAAGCACUUUAAGUCACUCGGAGGACAAGAAAACAUGAGUGACACACUUCCACGGGCAUCAGAUGCCCCCUUGAGCACUGCCAUGAAGCCGGAGUUGUUGCACAUCCAGUCACAAGUUGAACUGCUGAGAUUAGAGGACGUGGGGACAAGGGAUUCUGAGCUUCGGGAACAAAAUGAGACAAACAGGAGUCAGCAGGGACGGAUCGAAGACUUUGACUCCUCGCUUGUGCACUCGGUCCCCCCACUCUCCCAGAGCUCUCUAAGUAUUCCUGCUGUGCCCCCAGAGUAUUUGGAGGUCCAUCUUCAGGAGUCUCUUGGCCAGGAGGAAAACCAAGCACCUGUGCCUUCAGGGGAUCUGAUUUUUCAAGUUCCAAUUUCAAAAGCCAUUCGGCUGACUACAGAUGAUGCCGUAAAGACCACUCUGCUGUUGGAAUUGGACAUUUCAAAAAUAGAGUUUUCCCAUCAACCUGGAGACUCCUUCAAUGUGACCUGUCCAAACAGUGAUCGUGAAGUAGAAAAGCUGCUCCAGAGGCUGCAGCUGGCUGAUAAGCGAGCGCACCGUGUCUCCUUGAAAAUUAAGACGGACACUAAGAAGAAAGGAGCUGCCCUGCCUUCGCAUGUGCCUGAGGGGAGUUCUCUGCAGUUCAUCCUCACCUGGUGCCUUGAAAUACGAGCAGUUCCUAAAAAGGCCUUUUUGCGGGCCCUUGCGGAGCACACCAGCAGUGCCACUGAAAAGCGGAGGCUGCAGGAGCUGUGCAGUAAACAAGGAGCCACUGAUUACAACCGCUUCAUCCGAGAUGCCAGCGUCUGCCUGCUGGACCUCCUGCUCACCUUCCCAUCCUGCCAGCCUCCGCUCAGCCUCCUGCUGGAGCACCUUCCUAAACUUCAGCCUCGACCAUACUCAUGUGCAAGCUCCAGCUUACGCCACCCAGACAAGCUUCACUUCGUGUUUAACAUUGUAGAGUUCCCACCGAGCACCACAGCGGCCUCCCCACGGAAGGGAGUGUGCACAGGCUGGCUAGCCACAUUGGUUGCUCCAUUCCUUCAGCCAAACACAGACGUUUCGAAUGCAGACAGUGGUGACGCUCUGGCUCCUGAGAUAUGUAUCUCUCCUCGGGCAACAAAUGCUUUCCACUUACCAGAGGACCCGUCAGCCCCCAUCAUAAUGGUGGGUCCAGGAACUGGCGUAGCCCCCUUUGUUGGCUUCCUCCAGCACAGAGAAAAACUCCAAGAACAACACCCAGAUGGGAAAUUUGGAGCAAUGUGGCUGUUCUUUGGCUGCAGACACAAGGACAGAGACUACUUGUUCAGGGAGGAGCUCAGGCAUUUCCUCAAGACUGGGGUCUUGACUCAUCUGAAGGUCUCCUUCUCAAGAGACCCUGCCCCUGACGGGGAGGAGGCCCCAGCAAAGUAUGUGCAAGACAACCUCCAGCGGCACAGCCAGCAGGUGGCCAGGACCCUCCUUCAGGAGAAUGGCUACGUUUAUGUGUGUGGAGACGCCAAGAAUAUGGCCAAGGAUGUCAACGACACCCUUGUAGGAAUCAUAAGCAAAGAAGCCGGCGUUGACAAACUAGAAGCGAUGAAGACGCUGGCAACGUUAAAGCAAGAGAAGCGAUAUCUGCAGGACAUCUGGUCUUGAAACUGGAACGGAGACACUUGGGAUUUGUUUUUGUUUUUGUUUUUGUUUUUGUUUGUUUGUUUGUUUUUUCUUGAAGUGCCAAAGGUCAAUUUUACAGAAGAUGAGUUUAAAAUGUUUGGACAUUUCUUGGAGGCGGCUGUGUGAGGAACAGCUUGCUUACAGGUACAGCAGGUACAACCGCCUGACAGUCUCACAGGUUGUCUCCCACUCCUUACCUGUGGCCCUACCCAGCACAUCACUGUGUGGAGGGGGAAGAAGCAGCUCCCACCUGGCAUCCAUUGCACAUAGGCUCCCCAGGAGGACAGAUCAUCCAUGGCUCACCCGUGCCUGGGCACAUCUUGGAGCGCUUGUGGACAUAUUAUCUUUCAAUGAAGUAUAUUCAAAGGAUAUUUAUACUGGUGAUAUUUAAAUUAGCACAAACAUGCAACGCAUUCUUUUGCAUGUCUUUAAUUGUGGUUUUAUUAUCAAAAUUAUAUUUCUGAUAAAAUAUUUUAAUUUUGAGGUAAUCCCUACAAAAUAAGGGUUUUCAUGCUACUAGAAAUAUAUUUUGAAAUACAUUUGAUAUAGUACUCUGCCGUUUCCAUCAUGUUAACUUUUAGUGUCAUCAUCCUACAGCUUAGGGGCAUUUGCAUUCCCCUGACAAAGGCAUCAUGUGUACAGCUCAGUAGUGUUACGCCCUGUUCUUCUCAUGGACCCCAAUACAUGUCUAUAUUUCUGUGAUUCAGUUCAGAUUAAAGAACUCCAGUUAGGCCGGGCGUGGUGGCACACGCCUUUAAUCCCAGCACUUGGGAGGCAGAGGCAGGCGGAUUUCU